CAUAAAUAACCAUUAUGUGUAGUCUACCUUACGAUUAUGUUCGUUUUAUUUAGUUAGUUUAACCAAAACCCUUGACUCUAAGAACCGCCUUUUUCGUGGGAUACCUCCUCUGACGUCAGGAACAUUAACUUUGUUUUCCCAGUAAAAAGGGCUUUACUUUGGCCAGAGUCUGAGUGUGUGUAGACAAAGUGAAUCCGGUGUGCAAUGUUGACACUGUUUGUGAUUGAGCGUGCUCAAAACGUUUGUAAAAGAGCGUCUUAAUGCUUUGGAGAGACGCAGGGGACUCGUCUGCCCAGAGAAGCUAUGGCCAAGAAGUCAACCGCAGUCUUGUCCAGAAAAGCUCUUUUUACAGCGAUAUUAGCUAUUACUUUGGGAACAUUGACAAGUGCGUUGCACCCGGCUGCCUUCACCAGACCGUAUGGGCGACAGGGUCGAACCCCGAAGCCCACACGCAGCGCGUCCGAGGACUUCAUUGCCAAGAAGUCUGCGAUGAGACUUCAUUUGAGCCAGGAAGACAUCAAACAGUUGCAAUUCAAGCCCACCAUGGGCUCUGGCUUCAUUAAGCUGUCAGAAGGACGCGAAGCCAAGUUCAACUGCUCCAUCGACCUCCCGGUGCAGCUGGACCUCAACAUCGUGUGGCUGAAGAACAACGAGGACCUGGCCGCCAACAUGCAGGUGGUGAUCAAUGAGCUCCAGACCACCAACGAUGGAGUCACCACUCUGCUCUCCACCGUGUGCAUCAGCCACGUGCAGAGGGUCGACGCGGGCCAGUACCACUGCCGGCUGAGCCUCGGCGACACAACGGUAGAGUCCCCGGCGGUGCUGAUCCAGGUGGAAGGUCUUCCGACGUUCAUCCGACAACCAGAGGACGUGAGUGUGAGGGCCAACACCUCGUUCGUGUUGUCCUGCGAGGCGGUGGGCCCCCCAGGCCCGAUCACCAUCCGCUGGCUGCGGGACGGCACACCGGACGGAGACUUUCGCCCGUCUCCCAGUAACCACACCGUCCCAGGAGUGGACAAGUAUACUCAGUUCAACUGUGAAGCUUACAACAAAAAGGGUAUCAGCACUUCCAGAGAAGCAAAUGUCCACAUAAAAGUGCUUCCCCAAGCCGUCUCUGAGGUCGCGGUGAUCGAGAGGCAGUCCAACAAGCUGAUCUUGAGUUGGACCGCGGGACACGACGGUUUCGCUCCAUUAACCAGGUGUCACAUCAGGAUUAAAGAGGUGAGCCGGAGAAGGGGCGAGGUCAUGAACACGAGGCUCAUCAACGUCACGGUGCCCCCCUUCCAGUGCGAGGUCCCGGGACUGCAGGCCCUGACCGGGUACAACUUCAGCGUCUCCUGCAGCAACGACAUGGGCUCGUCCCCAGGCAGCCCCUGGAUGCAGGACACCACCACAGAGGGAGUGCCGUCGGUUUAUCCGCGUAACGUCACCCUGCGCCUGAAUGAGACGAUGCUGGUCGUUAGGUGGAAGGCGCCGCCGUCGGACAAGAUAAACGGCAUCCUACAGGGUUACGACGUCAUCGUCAAACACGGGACACGAGAGAGCAAGACUCACAGCGACUCCACCACGGCCUAUGUGGCUCUGCUGGAAUUCAACACCACCUACAGCGUGGAGGUGGCCGCCUGCACCCAGACAGGGCGAGGCAUGACCAGCCCUCCGGUCUCCAUCUUUGUCCCCGAGAACACCUGGAUCCUUUCCCCGUCCUCCAGCCCGGACACCAGGGGGUCCGACUCCUACUACGUGGUCUUGGCGGUGGCGUCUGGGGCCUUCCUGAUGCUGGUGGUCCUCUGGUUGGCUAUCUGUGUCAACAACGGCACGCUGAACUCUUUGUUUGGGCGGCUGUUUGGAAGUGGAGACAAGCAGCAGCCUGUCGUGCAGUACAAGCCCCCAAGGAGCUACAACCGCUCUGUGGUGGAAGUCACACUUAGGAACCUCGGGGUUAGCGAGGAGCUCCAGGCCAAACUUCAGGAUGUCAUGAUCGCUAGGAGCCUGCUCUCUAUAGGGAAGAUCCUGGGAGAAGGUGAAUUUGGCUCAGUGGUGGAGGGACAUUUGAGGCGACCCAACGGGACAUCGGAGAAGGUGGCGGUGAAGACCAUGAAAAUGGACAGCUUUUCCCAAAAGGAGAUUGAUGAGUUUCUGAACGAGGCAGCCUGCAUGAAAGACUUCCACCAUCCCAAUGUCAUCAGGCUACAGGGUGUGUGCUUGGAGGAAGGCUCUGGACAUUUCCCCAAGCCCAUGGUCAUCCUGCCCUUCAUGAAGCACGGAGACCUGCACAGCUUCCUACUCCGCACCCGCCUGGGAGAUAGUAAUGUGUUCCUGCCCACUCAGACGCUGCUGAAGUUCAUGGUGGACAUCGCUACGGGGAUGGAGUACCUCAGCGGGCGCAACUUCCUGCACCGCGACCUGGCCGCGCGCAACUGCAUGCUGCGUGACGACAUGUCGGUGUGCGUGGCUGAUUUCGGCCUGUCUAAGAAGAUCUACAGCGGGGACUACUACAGGCAGGGUCGCAUCGCCAAGAUGCCCGUGAAGUGGAUCGCGAUGGAGAGCCUCGCUGACCGGGUGUUCACCAUUAAGAGCGACGUGUGGGCGUUUGGAGUCACCAUGUGGGAGAUUUCCACCCGAGGCAUGACGCCCUACCCCGGGGUGCAGAACCAUGAGAUCUACGACUACCUGCUGGAGGGCCACAGACUGAAGCAGCCGGCAGACUGCCUCGACGACCUGUACGAGAUCAUGUACAGCUGCUGGAGGGUGGACCCCCUGGACCGACCGCUGUUCCCCCAGCUGCUAGAGCGGCUGGAGAAGCUGGCGGAGAAGCUCCCCGAGUCUUCCAGCAAGGACGACAUCAUCUACAUCAACACCAGCUUCCCCGAAGAGGAGCACGACCUGGAGCUGCUCGGCGCGGAUGAGGACCCCAACCCGGGCCUCCACGGCGGCGCGUUCGGUGGGGCGUGUGGCUCUCCCUCCCCCGCCUGCGCCCGUCGCGCCCGGGCGCCGGGACACUCGGUGGUCACCGCCGACGUUCACGGGAGCAACCGUGACGGAUGCAACCAUGACGACGGCCGCGACAACGGCGCCGACAAAGGCGCCGACGACGCCGACGGUGACGUUGACGUCGACGGCGAUCGUUACGUCGUCGUCGUCAGACCCUCGGACCCUUCCUCGAGAUCCGCCCCCUCCGCAAACCUCGUUGCCGUGGAAACGCCCCUUUUGCCGAGAGACCGUUCGGCGCGAACGGCGGCAAACGGAGCGGGCGUGGAUCACGGGUCAUGUGACACAUCUUCCCUGCUCUAAGGACAAGGGCAGAGGACAGAGAACAUGUUUUCGAGGGGCAGCAAAAAGUGUGUGUGUCUAAGGACUUUUGGAGCACAUUGACAUUUCGCAGUCGGUUGUUUUGUGUUGAUUUUGAUUAGAAGAUGUACAAGGCAAGGCGACGUACCCUCUCCGUGGUAUGCCUACACACCAGUGUUAAUAGGGACAACGUUUCGGAUGUCCAAAUGUUUUAAUAAGCUUUUGAUAUAACUGUGAAAUAGUUUACUUUACUGAACCAUUGCUUCGUCGUGAAAAUCGUGGAAUAUUUAUUUUAUAACCCUGAGAUUUUGCAGCUUACACUAAAAUGUUGUAAAGGAUUUGAUUGACCCUUUGCAGAACCUGUGCAUCUACAAUAUGUGUUCUUUAAAAAUUAGCUCUCUCUACGUUAACAAAGUCUAGACUACUCCGCAGACGACUACUGAGGAAUAGAGACCUUUGCUUUGGUUUGGGCAGCAUUAAGAGAGGAUGGACUCAUCUUCUGCUUUGAUGGGGUAUUUUUGCAGCAGAAAAUAAAUAUUAUACUAUUUAUCAACAUUACAAAAGGUUUGGAGUAAAAGAUAUCAAGUGACAUCUGCAAUUGUCACAUUGCCAUCAACAGGUUUCUCUCCAGUGCAAUAAGUGUUUUUAAACAUUAAAGUUAGGUUUAUAUCCUGUGCAUUUUGUCAAUGAACGAAAGCUUAGGGAAAUGUAUAUAAAACAUAAUAUAAUACGUUUUUAAAUCGUUGGUGCCGUUUAUAAUAAAAAAUGCUUCAAACCGUCA